AUCCUCAUCGACCUGUAUCUUUGAAAGUUCUGUGUUUCCAUACCAAAUGAGCUUAUACAUGUACAGUAUACGCGAGCAAAGGCUGUGUUAUGCUUCACUGGACCCGAUACUGUAAGACUCGAUACGUAUAUAUACACAUAUAUUGUUUGUAAAUGCACACAAAAUAAAGCUUCCAGCUAAGCCCAUGUACGGUACUUUUACAAUAGCCCACAACAUCCCUGGCCUUCGGACAGAGAUUGUGAAUAAGGAUGCUAGGUUUUAAUGUCCGUCAGGUACAUUGUAUUUCCGUUUGUUCGAUACCGUGUUAUUGACAAUUAAAGCGUCGUGAGGACACCGACUGGAAAUAUUUUCUAAGCUGUGCAACCGACAUGAGGGAUGUUCAUAAAACCACAUGUUUCAUUGUUGCCAUAAGUACUUUUGUAACGUGUGCAGUAUCUACAAAGGAUCGUUUGGUGUUAGUUCAAGCGGUUUUCCGUCAUGGAGAUAGAAGUCCGAUUGGCACAUUCCCAAAUGAUAAACACAGAAGCUAUUGGAAACAGGGAUGGGGUCAGCUGACUCAGGAAGGAAUGCGUCAAGAAUACAAUUUAGGAAAGCUAUUUAAAAAAAGAUAUGGAGGAGGCACACUUUUAGGCUCAAAGUACAAUCAGUCGGAGAUAGUUAUAACCAGCUCUGACUUUGACCGUACCCUAAUGAGUGCCUACUGUGUCCUAAGUGGACUCUAUCCUCCCAAUGGUACCGACCAGCAGUGGAACCCUGGCCUGGACUGGCAGCCCAUACCCGUUCACACCAGACCCCAGAAUGAGGAUUUUAUAAUAAGUAUGAGGUCUGCCUGUCCAAGAUAUGACAAACUUCUUUCCGAAUAUAGUGGGAAUAGUACAUUGACUAAAUUUAUGGCCCAACAUCAGGGUCUGAUAGAUAAAAUUGUGAACAUUUCUGGACUCACCAGGGAUACGUGGGGAAGGAUAACUGACAUCUUAUUCUGCCAGUAUGUACACAACUUGAGUUUACCAGAGUGGAAGUCUGUGUUACCGUUUGAUUUGGUUCAAACAAUACGUGAUGUUUCCGCUGCUAAUUUCCUUCCUACAUCUGAAAUGAAAAAAAUGAAAGCUGGUUCAUUAUUGAAAGAAAUGAUUGAAAACAUGAAAACAACUUUGAACACUACAGCUCAUCCAAAGGUCUAUUUGUACUCGGGGCAUGAUUCAACAGUGAUUGCUUUGUUGCGAGUACUAAACGUAUUUGAUAAAAGAAAGCCUAGAUAUUCCGCGUGUGUAAUGGUGGAAUUCUGGAAAACGGAUAUAGACGGAACACCCUUUAUUAGGAUUAUACAUAGAAAUGAGACAGACAGCAACAGAACCAUUACUCUACAGAUACCAGGCUGUUCGGAAAACUGUCCCUUUAGAGACUUCGUCCGUAUUCUGGCCAACCAUAUACCCGGAGAUAUCAAGGAAGAAUGCAAAAUUGAAAACGAAGCACAAACAUUCGUUAAUACACACGCAUAUAACCGGAGGAUACCUUUCAUUAAUCGGAUGAAGAAAAAGCAGGACAGUUUAUAGUUGUUUCACAAAUGCUGACUUUAAGGAUCUUGAUCCAACUGCAGGCAAAGCAACGAAGAAUUCUACUGUGGAUUUUAAUAAAUACUGUUGGGUCCCUGUCCUUUCGUUUUGGAUGUACACUGUUACUAUAGUGGGACUUGGCAAGAGGACUGCCGAGUCGGAUAAAUCGCCCAUAUUGGGUUCGGAGGUCCAGAGUUUGAAUAUCGGUCUAAUACUGUUGUGUCUUAAGGUAUGGGUUUCAUCUAAAAUGACAAUUUAAAACUAUUUUUAUGUCGUUAAAAUUGUUAAAAAAAAUACUACCUCCAGUUAAAAUGUUUGGCAAUGGUAUGGUGGAUCUUUAAGCUACUAAAUAUCACGGAUCCAACUUAGUUUCUAAACUGUUUUCAAUUAAAUUUACGAGUUUUGUUUCUUUUGGUGUUCAUGAAAGUUCAGAACUUCUAGGAUACUUAGCAAGUGACCAUGAUGCUUUAUCAAAAUUUCACAUUUACCAAGAUCCACAAAAUCAUCUCAAUCAUGAAUACUGUACAAGUAUAUAAAAGAAAUUACACCACAGACUUGAAAUCAUGGCAUAAGAAAAAGAAUUAAGAAUGUAUCUAAAGGAUGAUUAUAGUAAGAAUUAUCUCCCCUUUUGUCAUAGUUUCCUCUUCUUUAGAUAUGCCAUGGCAUUGUAAAUGUGUGAUCCAAUAAUGUAUUAUUAUCAAUGCCUGAACGUUUGUUUAUAACUAUUUUUUAAUAUGGUAUUGCAUUGACAUUUUAUCUGGCCAAACAUAUGUAUGUGUCAUGUAAUAUGACGGAAAAAUAAGGUGACCUGAUGUCGGUGAUGUAUUUGGGUUGGGAACUAAUUUUAAGAAAGUACAAAAAUCACCAAACAUUAUUUAUCAGACCAAUUGCAUUCACGUUUCAUUAUAUUUUGAAGUCGUUUAAAUAAUAAUCUGGAUUUAAGUUUGGUUUUGAUAACCGUCUAUGAAAUAGAGAGGUGUCAUAAAGACGCUUACGAUUUUCGGCGCGUUCGAAUGGGACGUUUUAGAGCAUUCGAAUGAGCUGAAUUUUUUAAGUUUGGAGGUAAAAAGUAUGUUAGUCAGGUUACCUACAGUAUACAUAUGUUUUGGCCUUACCGUAAAUGCUGUGUUAUUAAAAUAUUAUUUUGAUGUUCAUAUUCAUACAUACAUCUAUAUCAGAGAGGGACAGUUUUAUUAGGAUAUGAAUAAUUUGAAAUGAAUGACAAAAUACAUAUUACGAGAACAAAUGUGUGAUGGAGAGUAAAGUGAGUUAGAAUGUGUAUAAUGAUAUCGUGUAAGCGUGAUUAUGUGAUGGUAUAUACAAGUGAUGAAAGUCUAAAUGUGUGCUAGUCCGUGCCGUUUGGAAUGGACUCAGAUCUCGAAGAACUCCAAAACAAAAUGAAACCCGAGGUAACAAAGCAGCUUUAUCUUUCAUGUUAAUUCUUACAACUGAAGAGUGGAUGUUAAAUAUAUCAUCAAUAGUACCAUCUUGCUAGGAGCAGAAAAUACAUAAUCAUCUUCAUAACUUGCCAUACAGGUAAAUGUCAAGUAAAUGACAGAGUGCGGAACCCUACGAAUAGCCAUGGCUUAUAAAUUAUAGUGACCUUUCUUUUGCCGUCCAUGUUUACUAAUGUUGUACAAAAUAUGUCCGAAACACAUCAGGUGAGAUUAUAGAUAAAUACGUCGUGACCAUAGUGUCGUUAUAGUUUAUAUGCAUGAAUAUUUACAUUCUGUGUUGCAUUUGCCUAUAUGUCGUUAGUAAACCAAAUUGCAGUAUAUGAGACUGUAUACUACAAUUUACAGUGAUACGGCCAGUGUAAGAAUACAGCUGGUACAAGGUAAACAAAUAUGGCCGCCAGUCACAUCUGGUAUCAAUAAACAGAGCUAGUAUAUCUGAUUUUUUAAUUUUCAAUUUCAAGCUUCCAUCCAAAUUCCAAGUAACAAAAACUUAAGAUAGUAGAAAUUUAAUAAUAAUAAAUAGAAAAAAAAACAACACAAUUUGCAAAAAAAUUAUGUUGGCACCAUUCCAGAUACGAAAUUACCAUUUUUGCUGAAAAAACGUCAUAUUUCAAAACGUCGUCUGCUACUGCAUGAGACGCUGAAUAAAUACCAUAAUGGAAUCGAGCUCAGAGGACAUGUCGCUAUCACCGCCCGACACGGGCAAUUUUCAUUUGGAAUUCCCGGGGGGUGUACAUGUUUCACCAGAAAGUGAAAAAGAUCUAACUAUUCCAGCUGAAAUGUUAGAAAAUAACUUGACUGAUGGCGACGAAGAUCUGUUGCUGUCUAUGAAGUUGGAAGAUAUUGAAUACUUGGCAGCAUCAAAU